GGAGAUGAGAUGAAAUCGCAAAAGAUCAACGCUCGGCAAAUAACGCUCCCGGUGACAAAGAACUGUGGAGCGGCACUUCAGCUUGUCCGUUCGCCAUACAUCGUCCGGCGCGUUUGGAUCGACUCUAUAUGUAUCGAUCAGGUGAACGUCCUGGAGCGCAAUCACCAAGUCGGACUCAUGAAACACAUCUGCUCGAGCGCCUCCGAGAUGAAUAUCUGCAUCAGUGUCCUGCAGCACGACUACUCAGAGUGCAUUCAAUCGCUUGGUCAAGUCAAAGAUUGGCUUGAUGAAGAAACUUGCGAAAGGACACUUCGGCUGAAGCAUCUCUUCCACAGGAGAUACUUUGGACGAGCCUGGGUCGUACAGGAGGCUGUACUAGCUUGA